AUGUUUAAUGCGACAUACGCUGAGAUGAAGAAACCAGCUGCUGAGUGGAAGACUGUAUUGGGUGGCAUCUUUUUCUUCAUUGGGUUCACUGACCUGGUUGUUCUCUGGCAAAGGUAUUAUGUGUAUCCCCCUCAUCCUCCUACCCUUGAUGACGAAUGGCAGGCUAUGCAGGUGAAGAGGAUGCUGGACAUGCGGGUGAACCCUGAGGAGGGUUUCUCAACCAAAUGGGACUAUGAGAAGGGCCAGUGGAAAUAG